AAAAUAAAUAAUCAAUAAAUGUUUAGGUCUCAUUUUAAAUUAAGAUAAUUUUAUCUAGUUCAAGAAUUGGGAACAUUUUAUUAAUACUUUUUAAUAAUUAAUAAAAAAUGUAAUAUAAUACUUGAGAAAAAUGGAGAAAAUACUUUCAGCUAACUUUCUCUCACUGAACAGAAGUCAGAAAGUCUGCUUUGCUCCCCUCCCCCACCACAUUAAUGGCCCAUUAACAAUUAUCCAAUCAGAGUGCAAGGAGGGAAACUCGGGUCAGAUCACAGUCAAGCUGCAUGUCAUAGAGAGAUACAGCAGAGAGGAUGGAAAAGCAAAGAAAGAAGCAAGGAAAUACUGAGACGGCUAAUGAGACAGCACAGGUGGAAGUGUCCAAUUUGAUGGAUUUAUUCGACAGCUCUGAUUCGGACAAGAUGCAAAACACAGAGACUACGUUUGAACCAGUGAAGUCAGAUUCCUCAGACAACCACCCAUCAACACUAUCAUCCACUGAGGAUGAGAUGCCCCUAGGAUCUCAGGCUUUCAGCCUCAGUGUUCCUAAAAGACCACUGCCAGCAAGAGACUGCCACUCAUCAAAGCAGGUGAAAGUGUCCAAUUUGAUGGAUUUAUUUGACAACUCUGGUUGUGACAAAGGGCAAAACUCAGAGACUGAGGAAUCUGACUUCACUGGUUCAAAUGCAGACUACAACCCAUCAUCAACACCCUCAUCCACUGAGGAUGAGGCCCUGUCAAAGCACCAAUCAAAGAAGAAAAAUGUCCGAAGGGCCUUGGACAAGGCACCAUCAUCCACUGAGGAUGAGAUGCCCCUCGGAUCUCAGGCUUCCAGCCUCAGUGUUCCUAAAAGACCACUGCCAGCAAGAGACCUCCACUCUUCAAAGCAGGUGAAAGUGUCCAAUUUGAUGGAUUUAUUUGACAACUCUGGUUGUGACAAAGGGCAAAACUCAGAGACUGAGGAAUCUGACUUCACUGGUUCAAAUGCAGACUACAACCCAUCAUCAACACCCUCAUCCACUGAGGAUGAGGCCCUGUCAAAGCACCAAUCAAAGAAGAAAAAUGUCCGAAGGGCCUUGGACAAGGCACCAUCAUCCACUGAGGAUGAGAUGCCCCUCGGAUCUCAGGCUUCCAGCCUCAGUGUUCCUAAAAGACCACUGCCAGCAAGAGACCUCCACUCUUCAAAGCAGGUGGAAGUGUCCAAUUUGAUGGAUUCAUUCGACCACUCUGACCCACCAUCAACACAAUCAUCCACUGAGGAUGAGGUCCUGGAAUGUCCUUCUGAGAAAUUAAAAAAAAGAAGUAAGAGACCACAAAUAACAGUCAAAACGAGCAAGACAAAAAAUGGCAGAAGAGCCUGGGACAAGGCACAUUACUGUGUGUAUUGUGAAAAGGCUAAUAUGAAAAUAGCAAGACAUUUAGAAAGGAAACACAGUGAAGAAACUGAUGUUGCCCAUGCCUUCAGUUUCCCAGCACGGUCCAAGCAAAGGAGGAUACUUCUAGAAUCCCUUCGGAAUAAGGGAAACUGGCAGCAUAAUGUGAAAGUUUUACAAGAUGGCCAGGGGGAGAUUGUAACAUGGAAGCAGCCCCAUAAAGGUGCAUCUCCAAAGGACUUCCUUCCAUGCCAAAAUUGUUUUGCUAUGUUCAAGCGCACUGAACUCUGGAGACACAGAAAGACUUGUAGAAAUAGGAAAGAGGAGACAGUGCAGGGUAAGAGACGGGUACAAAAAGCUUCCUCACAACUCAUUCCAAUCAAGGACUCAUCACAGGAAAUUCAAAACAUUAUUCAUAGUAUGAUGCAAGAUCAUGUCACUUCACAUAUCAGGACCGACAAAAUGAUUUGUACAUAUGGAAAUGCACUGUUUGCAAAAAAAGGCCGCGAACAAUCGCAACAUCGAUACAUAGCGCAGAAAAUGAGAGAACUGGGACGAUUUGUGUUGGCUGCAAAGGAGAUUGACAAAUGUGUCUCCGGUCUCAAAGACUUAUGUGAUCCCACCAAAUUUCAUCUGGCUAUCAAAGCAGCAAGGAGUGUGUCAGAUUACAACACAGAGAAGAGUGAAUAUGGAAAGCCAUCAACAGCAGUUAAAAUAGGAUUUUCUUUAAAGGGAGCAACCGAGACAUGGAUUGGCCAUUGUUUGAUGAGUGGAGAUGUUUUAACUGAGAAGAAAGCCAAAAAAUUUAAAGAGCUACUUGAUACCUCUUGGUCAAGUUAUGUGUCGGCUAAUGCUCAUAGUACCAUGGAACAACGAAGGUGGAACAAGGAAGACUGCAUACCUUUAACAGAGGACAUUGUUUGUCUUCAGAACCAUUUGAGGAAACUCGAGGAUGAAGCAAAGGCAGAAUUGGGAAGACAUGUGACCACCACAGCCUACAAAACCUUAAGCGAGUGUCUUCUUGCACAGAUCAUUGUUUUUAACAAGAAACGUGAAGGAGAAGCGUCGAGAUUAACGUUAGAGACAUAUCUGAAUGCGGACACUGGUGCUGUAAAUAAGGACAUUUUUGAAACCCUCUCACCUGUGGAGAAACAACUUAGCCGAAAACUUACCCGGAUUGUGACCCGUGGAAAAAGAGGAAGAAAAGUGCCAAUUCUCCUACUUGACUGCACUAAGUCAUCCAUUGAUUUUAUGAUUAAAAUGCGGAGUAAAGUUGGCAUACUUCAUGAAAACCCGUUCCUAUUUGCUAGGAUUGGUACGAUGACAAAUAUUCGAGGGUGUGACUGCCUCCGGAAAUAUGCACAAGAGUGUAAGGCAAGCAAUCCAGAGCUCCUGCGGUCAACAAAGUUGAGAAAGCAUGUGGCUACGUUAUGUCAACUACUCCACCUUGACAAUCAGGAACUGGAGCAAGUUGCCCGUUUUAUGGGACAUGACAUAAGAGUCCACUGCGAUUACUAUCGUCAGACAGACAAAACUUUUCAGGUGGCCAAAAUCGGAAAGCUCCUUUUUGCGAUGGAGCAGGGAGGACAGGCACUCACAGGAAAAAGUCUGAUGACUCUGGACUCUGUGGUUUUUGAUGGAACCUCUACAAAUGCUCCUAAAAGACAUGGUGAUCAGGAGAGUGGUGGGGAUGAUGAUGAUGACGUUGAUGUGGAUGAUGAUCUGCCAUGCACAUCCACCACAAACCCACCUGCUCACAGCCACAAAAGAGUCAGAACUAAUUACAGACGUGAUGCCGGUGAUGAUCCUGACAUUGUGGACAAAAAUGGAAAUGACAUGACAAAACCCAAGAGGGUCAAGAAGCCUGCAGAUGACGAUGAUGAUGAUGAUGAUGGGUGUGAUGUUUAUGUUGAUGUUGAAGAAUGUGAUGAAGAUGGAGACGGAGAAGAGCAACACAUCACAUCAACAAUAUCAGCUGUCAAGCAACGUCAGAAACAUCAUGAUGAUGAUGAUGCUCCACAAGUGUCCAGAAAGAGACCCUGGACUGCUGAGGAGAGGACUGUGGUGCUUCGAAGGAUGGGAAAGUUUGUUGCUCUAAGGAAGGUACCAGGGAAGAAUGACUGUCAGAUGUGCAUCUGUAAAGAGUCUCCGGUCCUCAACAAGAGAACAUGGAAAGACGUAAAAUACUACGUCCAUAAUGAAAUUGCCAAAGUAAAGAAAAAGCUUGCCUUUUAAAGGCAUGGCAAUUGCUGUUUCUGUUCCUUUCUGUGCUAGAUUUACAUGUUCACAGACAGUGUCUUUGUUUUUUGCUGUUGCUCAUCAGAAGUGACAGUCUGUUUCUAUUGUUGUCACCCACAAUUUUGAAUUAAAUUCAGUUUUUUUCUUUUCAUAUUUGCAACUGCAACUGUUGCUAGUCAGAAGUGACGACUAAAAAAUAAAAGUACAGUGUAUACAAAUGUUUUAAAACAGUUUUAAAACUGACCUGCAGUUUAUGGAGUCCAGUCUGACGGUGGUGUCAGUUUACUCACUCUCGAGGUCCAAUCCCUUUUUAUUUUAUUUUCUUUUUAAAUGGACAUAAAGCUGCUGCACAACUAUCUUUUAUGUAAAAUAACUGAAUCUGACAGAAAAACAAAAUCAGAAGGCCAAGUGUGUGAUGGCAUU